GGGGCAGUCACAUGACUUUAUGGACAAGGAUGUGAGUCGUGUGUUGUUGCCAUGUAGAUACGUCCGGAUUCACACGUCUUAUUAAAGGAAAUAAACACCUUAAUCAGGAAAUUGUCGUUUCUUAUUUGCUUAUUGCAGUCAUAUCUGUCGCUCACUUUUGUUAUUUCAAUGGAUUUUAUUCGCCAGUUUGGAGUUGUGAUUGUGAUCGCGGUGCUCUCCGGCGCGCGAGCAGACGAGUCUCAGAUCGACCCGCUGAUAUAUGAGGAGCAGCUGCUGUGGGUCGGCGGUGGAGCCGGUGAGGUCAACACUUACAGGAUCCCUCUGCUGACCUUCACAACGCGUGGAAGUCUGCUGGCUUUCUCUGAGGCCAGGAAAAUGUCCUCCGGUGACAUCGGUGCGAAGUUCAUCGCGCUGAGACGCUCCACUGACAAAGGAGCCACCUGGUCUCCCAUCACCUUCAUAGUGAACGAUGGUGAUCUAGCAGAUGGGCUGAAUCUAGGUUCGGUCGUUGUGGAUGAAGAGACUGGUGCUGUGAUACUCAUCUACUCGUUGUGUUUCCACCGUUAUCACUGCAAGCCCUCCAGCACCAUGAUGGUGCAGAGUCUGGAUGACGGGUUCACCUGGAGCGCCCCGCGAAACCUCUCCGUUGAGCUGGGGGUGAAGAGCUUUGCUCCAGGGCCUGGCUUCGGCAUACAGAAACGGUAUGCUCCCAAUGUGGGCCGUCUGGUGGUGUGUGGCCACGGAUCCAUUGCUGGCGAUGGGGUCUUCUGCAUCCUGAGUGAUGAUCAUGGUGCAUCCUGGAGAUAUGGAGCUGCUCUGAAGAGCAUCCCUUACAAUCAGCCUAAACAAGACCUGGACUUCAACCCGGACGAGUGUCAGCCAGUGGAACUGGAGGACGGAAGUAUAGUCAUCCAUGUGCGCAACCAGAACAACUACCACUGCCGCUGUCGAAUAAUAGUGCGGAGUCUGGAUGGAGGCGAGACUCUUCCUGUGGAGGAGCUGGUGUUUGACAAAGCCCUGAUCGACCCCGCCGUCGCAGCCGGAGCCCUGCAGAAACAAGGAGUGAUGUACUUCACCAACCCCUCCAGCACUCAGCACAGGGUCAACCUAACUCUUCGCUGGUCCUUUUCUGAUGGGAAGUCAUGGGAAAAGCAGGCUGUCCAGAUCUGGGCGGGGCCAAGCGGUUAUUCCUCUAUGACAUCACUCAAGGGAGAUUCUCCUGAGGACAGCAGCUACAUUUAUGUCAUUUAUGAAAAGGGCCAUAAAGAUUACUGGGAGACCAUCUCUUUUGUCAAAAUCCAUCUAUACGGAGGGAAAUAACGUAUAGAUAAAUAAAGCCAAGAAAAAGGGAUAUUUAGGAAUUUUAAAAUUAAUGCGAGAAAGCCAAGGUAUCAUCCUGAUGUGAAGUAUUUUUACAUUUCUUCUGAUUAAAUCUGGUCUACACUAGAAGUGUUUUAUAUGAAUUUCACUCCAGAAAGAAUCAAGACUUCCUGCUUCAGUGUGAGAUUGAUCUAUACAGCAGUAUAAUACAAAAACAACCAUGA